AUGACAGCCAGGGGAAUCUGCCAGCUCGUGCAGUCCGCGGCAAGACUCUCGGAAGCAUUGCGCGACCCUCUUCGUACAGCACAGUUGGAGGCAAUUGCGCAGACGCUCGGGUCACUAACUCGCGACAUGGAACUACACAAAAACUUCUUGGAAAACUCACUGGACGUCAACCUUAAAACAAUUCGCCAACAAAGGGAGGAGUUGAACCAGCGGGAGGCAGCUCUCAUCGCCAUGACGAAAAGAGAAGAUGCCGAGGAGAAGAAGCGGAUCGGCUCACUACUUGAGGACUCUGUGCAGAGAAUAAUGUGUGACAAGUCGAUUCUCUCACAACUCCCUGAAGAAGAAGUCGGAUCUUUCGAAGAGGUUAGCAGUGCUGGGGAGGCCUAA